CCGUGCGCGCUGCUGCCCGCAAAGCGUUCUGGAUCCAACCGGGGAGGAAGCAGUCGUUUGGUAGCGGCCCAUCGGUGCUCGGUCCCCGGCGAUAAUUAGCCCACGAACAAGGUGAAUUAACACCUCGUCGAUACCGAGGCGGCAGAGAGGGAGAGCCGAGCUGCGCAGAGCAUCUGACCGCAGAUCAGUGAGGUUAGCCGGGAUCGCGCUAACACACCGAGGAGACACUUCGCUGUGUUUUUUUUAAACUUCCCGAGGCUCCAAACUACGCGAAGACUUCCAGCAACUUUGCUGCACAAGCCUGGAGAGUGAGAGGUUAUUGACGACAGUGGCGAGAAGAAACUAUUUCUUCUUGUUUUGGCAUUCAAAGAUAUUCAUUAGUUGCGGCCGUAUCCUGCUACCGACCCACGUCCAAAUCCCUCACCUCCUUCUCCAAUUCCUCCCGUCCCUCUUCUCGCCGUGGCUCUGCUCCCCCUCUUCCUCUCCAUCUCUCCCUCGCCGCCGCUCUCAGCAUGUGGUCGGAGUCCCGGGCGCUGUAGGAUGAUGAGCCCGGCGCUCCGCACCAGGGACAUCGAGAGGCAGGCUGGCUAUUUGAGACCCGAGCACUGCGCCCCUCCCCCGCUCCGCGACGGCUCCGACACCAUGUGGUUCAUCCGCGACGGCUGCGGCAUCGUGUGCGGCGUCAUCACCUGGUUCCUGGUCCUCUACGCCGAGUUCGUGGUGGUGUUCGUCGUGCUGCUGCCCGCCAAGAGCGUGAUCUACAGCCUCUUCAACGGGGUGAUCUUCAACGGCCUGGGGUUCCUCGCCCUCGCCUCCCACGCCAAGGCCAUGUGCACAGACCCGGGAGCCGUGCCUAAAGGGAACGCGACCAAGGAAUUCAUCGAAAGCUUGAAGCUCAAACCGGGACAGGUGGUGUACAAGUGUCCCAAGUGCUGCAGCAUAAAGCCCGACAGAGCGCACCACUGCAGUGUGUGCAAACGCUGCAUCAAAAAGAUGGACCACCACUGUCCCUGGGUGAACAACUGUAUCGGGGAGAACAACCAGAAGUACUUUGUGCUCUUCACGAUGUAUAUUGCACUGAUAUCCUUCCAUUCGCUCAUGUUGGUGGCCCUCCAUUUUGUGUUCUGCUUUGAAGAAGACUGGACGAAGUGCAGUAACUUCUCUCCCCCAGCCACGGUCAUCCUCCUCAUCCUCCUCUGCUUCGAGGCGCUCCUGUUUAUGCUCUUCACCGCGGUCAUGUUUGGGACCCAGGUCCACUCCAUCUGCACCGACGAAACGGGCAUCGAACAGCUCAAGAAGGAGGAGCGACGGUGGGCCAAGAGGUCCAAGUGGAUGAACAUGACGGUGGUGUUCGGCCACCCGUUCUCGAUAGCCUGGCUCAGUCCCUUCGCAACACCCGAGCACGGCAAGGCGGACUUGUACCAGUACAUCGUGUGAGGUCGGCACGUCGAACCGAGCGCCGCCGCUUUGGACUUCCUGGUCGGGCCCUCCUAUUGGCCGGACCACGACGAGCACAAACUCCUUCUUAAACCACUUCUCCAGUUUCUUUCGUUUGUGGAUAUUAUCGAUAUUUCAGGGUGUCCCAUUGUCGAAAUGUUUCUCUCAACAAAGAAACAACCUUUACCUUUCUUUAUAUUUCAUUGUUUCCCCUCCUGGUGCUGACUGAGAUUAUGAACGUGCUGCUCCGCAAAAAACAAGACAGAAAACAUCUCUCACUAAGCGGCCACAGCUUGGCGAGGAGCACUCGGGAGGAGGCGGGGAGACGACACCCAGAGACUGAGGUCUUCCUGCGGUCCGUCUGAACACUUCCUGCUAUCAAGCCGACGUGAACGCACAACUGAUGCCCGGAAGGUUUUUUUUCGGUCUCCUGGUUUUGUUUUUACUGUAAACGCUGUGGUGAUCCUGUCGCCUCUUCAUUUGCUGUAUUCCCGUCAUCGCAAGAGUCCUUUGCCGAGUGCUGCGGAUGAUUUGCCUUUGAACAGUGCAUUAGUAUUUUUUCAAGACAUUUAUAUUAUUUUUUAGCCUUAAUGUGACAGUGAGGGUGAGACAGGAUCACAAAUGAGUUUGUCGUGUCUUUUUUUUUUUGGUGCCAGAUAGGUGGAUUAGUUCAGGUCAUGUAACAAAAGUAUUUGGAGACUGAAUUUUAACACAUUUUCUUUUAGUUUACAUACUUUUACUCAUUAAUCCCCACCUGUCUGGCACCUUGAAUCCAAUCACGUAUAAAAAUAGCUUACGGAGCUCUGAGGGAGGUUUAAACGCUGUAAGACAGAAAGUUAUAAUCGUUAAGAUUUUAGUUUUGGUUGACUUAUCGUUGCCCGUGGUUACCAGUGGAGACCGCACGUGCUGUUCAAUGCUACAGGAACACCGACAGGAGAGCAGCUGUGGACUCUGUUCACGGUGCAGCCGGACAGACCCACCAUCACGCCGUAAGCAACCGCAAUCUGAUUUCACGCCCUGAGAUUUUACAAAGUGGAAUGGAAACCCACUCGUAUCCAACAGGUGACGCUGUGACUCCGCUUCUCGCUCGUGAAGGUCAUUUGAAUGGCAGACUCCACCUCGAACAAAGAGAACCACUAUGGAGCUAAUAACUGGAUUUAUUUACAUCGAAAGGCUUCUUGCUGAAAAAGUGUCGGCUGUAAGACAAUAAAGGUUUGAAUUUAAGAGAAUCUUUAGGAUUAUAACUUUAAAACAUGUGAUACGUGUUGUAUUGUCUGUCGGUUUUACAAUCCAGCAGGUGGGUUGACCUUUUGGCUAUUUGCCACUCUGUGUGUAGCAAACCCAGCCAGCCGUGUUGCUCUAUAACCAGUUCAAUCACAGCCACCAGCUCAGAUAGAAAGUCGGGGAUAAAAGCAAUAUGACCCCGACGUGUGGUUCACUGGCUCUCAGUUGAUGGACUUCGCUUGUGGAUAAUCCAGUUUGUCUCCCAUUGCUGUUGUGAGCCUGCCGAGAGGGAGAAGCCUUACAGGAUAAAAAUGAUGAUUGAAAUUGAGGCCAGUGGAAAAUGUCCACCGAGGCCCGACGGACCACGUUAGAAAUGCUCGUUUUAAUUGUUGCGGCUCUGGAAAGGUGCCGGUCCAGCCAGUGUGAGGAGGAUGUUGUACCUUUUGGUGAAAACAUUGAACAUUAAAAAUGCCUUUGCUCAAAUGUGUUCGAAAGCCUUACUGUAUUUUUAGAACUUGCUUUUUGAAGAUGAUGUAAGGAUGUAUUUGAACACGUUGCCAAACGUAAUGCUGUAGGAAGAGAGGCCUUCAAGUUACCGUUUCAGGAGUUGAGCAUAAUCAAGUGGGACAUUUUCUUAGACUUUUUAAAAAAUCACUGGAGUUUUAAAGAAAUGUUAUGAUAUGGAGAUGCAUCUGUUGCUAUCCAGUUUACACAUACAGUUCACCAGCUUCUUCUUUUUUCUUGAUUUGAUUGAUAUAUUCUUUGCAAUCAGGUAUAAAUACCAUUUGUAGUACAUGCUAAGGACCACAUUUUUUUCUUCCUUUUUGACUGGUAUUUGUUUAAAGAGGAAUUGAAUAAAACAGUAUGUAUGAGACACAACUUUA